ACCUACAGUUAGUUACCUACAGUUAGUUGAUUGAUUGAUUGAUUGAUUGUUUGUUUGUUGGUUGAGGGAAAAAAAAAAGAAAAAAAAUGGCGCUUUCGUUGAUAUCCCGGCGAUCGAGUUAUCGUAAUUGGAUAUCUAAUACAGCACAAAAAAAAGCAUCAGCAUAUGGUGUGGAGCCAUGGCUGAUGAUUAAAGACGGUUGCGGUGAAGAAGAUGGGGUUGACAUGUUUUACAGCGUAGCUGAAAAUCAAGGUUUACGUGUGAGAGGAGAAGAUGGUGCAGUGGUCGGAUCUUCCCACGGGUGGGUAGCUUUGUGCAAGUGGCAGCGCGUGAGAGAAGGCUGCUUUCGUAUGUUUCUCCACAAUCCUCUCUUUCGUCAUUGCGUAAAUCUUCCCCGAGUUAAAACAUUGCCCAAUCCCAAAAUAAUAUCAUCUAAACAUGAAUUGUACAAACCGAGAAAGGUAAUCCUAUCAAAUGAUCAAGCCGGAUGGAACAAGAGCUGUCGUGCGAUUAUGUCAUACGGUCCACAAGACAGGCUGGCAUACUGCUGCCCGGACUUCAGUAAGAAGUGGAUUCACAUCGGUGUCAAUUACAAGUACGAUGAUUUUGUGUAUUCCAGCAAGCGAGAGAAAUUGUUCUGCGUCACCAAGUUUGGCAUGUUAGAGAGUUGGGAUCUCGAGGACAGGUUUUCUCCUAAAAUGAAUUGGAAUUGGAAGAUGACGAGGAUGACCGACGAUGAAGAAGAGAAGAAAUACCUAGUGUUUGCUGAGUUGUCCAAUCGGCUUUUUCUUGUGCGGCACAAUGCAAUUGGUUUUGAUGUCGACGAAAUAAUCGAGACGGAAGGAGAGUUGAGGCGCAUGGAUGGUACAUUGGAUGGUAUGACGUUCUUCAUCGGUUCUACGGGACACGGAUUCGUCGUUGAAGGAAUGGAUCAUCACCAAAUGAAAAAGAUGAAUCUUUUGCCGGAUUCUAUCUAUUUCACGGACACAAAGGAACUCGUCAAUCCGGAUAAUAAGUGUAAAUUGCCGUAUGGAUGCAUCUUUAAUUACAAAAACAAGACAUUCUCACCUUGCUACUAUCUACCUUAUGAUAUCCAAACCCCCCCUCCGCCGCAACAACCAGUUUGGUUUACCCCAUGUCUAGUUAUGCCCCGUCAUCAUUAGAGUGUUAUUUUGAUUUAUGUUGCCUUGAUAAUCUCUGUAUUCAGCCAUGCUUCGAUUUGUACAAUCAGUAAGUUAUUGGAUUUGGGAUUAUAUAUUGCAUUUUCUCAGUUGUCAGUCCCA